AUGGCCGAAAAUGCAGCAGCUCAAGGUUCAGGGUCAGAGUACAAUUUUAAACUCUACCGAUAUAGCCCCUCACUACCUGCAGCAGUUGUUAGCUUGGUCGUCUUCGGCAUUCUGACCGGACUUCACUCAUUAAGGCUGCUUCGAGCGAGAGCGUUUUACUUCCUAUCCUUUACGAUCGGUGGCCUGUUUCAAACGAUUGGCUAUGGAGGACGAAUCUGGUCGCACUAUGAUGACCUUGCCAUCGGUGGCUUUGUCAUGCAGGCGAUAUUGAUCCUUAUUGCCCCUGCUCUCUAUGCAGCGUCUAUCUACAUGAUUCUGAGUCGGCUGGUUCGCACAGUUGGAGGUGAACACCUUUGUCUGGUACCUGUCAGAUGGCUCACACGCGCUUUCGUGAUUGGUGAUAUCAUCUCUUUCAGUCUCCAAGCUGGUGGUGGUGGUAUUCAAUCGGGCGGUACUCUGCAACUUUACCAGACAGGCGAGAAAAUCAUUGUCGCAGGUUUAAUUUGCCAAAUUCUGGUUUUCGGCUUUUUCGUCACCACGUCAGCCUUGUUUCACCGCCGACUUAUUCAAAGUCCAACAGCUAAGUCGAGGAGCAAUAGCAUACCUUGGCGGCGUCAUCUCUAUGUACUCUACAUCACGAGUGGAUUGAUCCUUGUGCGGAGUGUAUUUCGAGUGGUGGAAUAUCUUCAGGGAAAUGAUGGCUACCUGAUUUCACAUGAGAUCUUCCUAUACGUUUUUGACACAAUGCUGAUGGCUCUGGUUAUGGUCAUAUUCUUGAUGUACUACAUUCAAGAUCUUCUUGGCUCCUGCGGUACGAAACCCAGAGAGAGACUCGAGAUGGCAAACUCGCAACAUUACGAGAUUGAGGGUGCACGGACGUGA